UAGGUUAGAGCUGCAGCCAGGGACAGGAAGGUGAAGGAGGCCGUUCUGGGAGUUUGGGGUUUUCCUUCCCUCCUCACGAAGCUGUUUGGAUGCCCCCAGAGCUGGGCGGUACGUGCAAGAGCUACAUCUGAACCUGAGUUACCAACUGCUGGGCAUGCCAGCAUCACUCUGAGCUCCUCUAAAGCCACUGCUUCGCUGCUGCCCUGCUCUGGCCCCGCGUGCCAGAGGUCCUGGACACACCAAGCAGCAAUGCGAGAAGCUCAGCACGGUUAGUCCAUACCCCGCUGGGACAGGUGUCACUUCUCAGCCAAAGGCCUGAUGUGACAGCCGUUCCCAAAAUGUCCCAGUGCUAAAGCAGGGUUGCCACGAGCGUGGCUGGGAGGGCGCUGCCGGACCCUGCCUGCAGCAGCUAUCAGCAUGCCUGGGAGGGAGGGAGAGGCAAGCUCUGACCAGGCAGAGAGAGGAGUGGAAGAAUUUUUAUUGCUCUAAAUGCCUGCCCCGGGGCCCGAGUGCCUGGAUAAAAGGUGACCACCUCCUGCUUUUGAGUGUGCUUUGUGAGGAGGAGCUCCUGUCAGCUCUAGCUGUGAAGAGGCUUCACAGCUGGCUGAACCAGGAGGGAGCAAGGUCUGGAGAGAGAGGAGGCUCCGAGCAUUUGCCUGCUGAAGUCUGCCAGCAGAUCUGCUCUCAACAUGCUCAUCUCCAUGGGCCAGCCCUUGCAUUUGAGUGAGCUGGAGAUGGUGGACCACCUCGCAAACACUGAGAUCAACAGCCAGCGCAUUGCUGCUGUGGAAAACUGCUUUGGGGCUUCUGGCCAGCCCUUAGCUGUGCCAGGAAGAGUCCUUUUAGGAGAAGGGAUUUUAACCAAAGAAUGCCGCAAGAAACCAAAGCCUCGCAUAUUCUUCCUUUUCAACGAUAUCCUGGUGUACGGGAGCAUAGUGAUUAACAAAAGGAAGUACAAUUCCCAGCACAUCAUUCCCCUUGAAGAUGUCACUUUGGAGACACUGCCAGACACCUUGCAGAUGAAGAACCGCUGGAUGAUUAAAACCUCAAAGAAGUCUUUCGUGGUUUCUGCGGCCUCCCUGACGGAGCGGAAGGAGUGGAUCAGCCAUCUGGAGGAGUGCAUCAGGCACCUGCUGACAAAGACAGGCAGGCAGCCCUCCACGGAGCACGCGGCCCCGUGGAUCCCAGACAAGGCGACAGACAUCUGCAUGCGCUGCACGCAGACCAAGUUCUCCACCCUCACUCGAAGGCACCACUGCCGCAAGUGUGGCUUUGUCGUGUGCGGGGACUGCUCCAGGCAGAGGUUUUUGAUGCCCCGGCUGUCCCCCAAGCCCCUGAGGGUCUGCAACCUGUGCUACAGGCAGCUGCUAGCAGAGCAGAAGAAGGAAGCAGAGGCUGAUCGCCAGCAGCUGGAGCGGUACUGUUCUGCCAUCCCGGGCUGCGAACCCUCCAGCGGUGAUGACAGUGACAAAUCUGACGAUGACAAAAUUGACCAGUGGCCAGCAGACACAGAGUUUUAUACCUCAGAAGUAUCUUGGUCAUCUUUCCAUAGCUGACCUCCUUGGGAGUCAGCGGCAUUUAAACACCGGGAAGCCAACUUCUGGCCUCCAAUGCAUGUCCUCCUUAGCAUUUUCUCUGGAGGCCAUGUCUAGGAAGGUGGAUGGUGGUUCCUGUUUGUGCUGUCUGCGAGGGAACAAAGAGUCGGGGUGUUACCCCUAGUCAUGUUGAGAGUGUCUCACAUGCAGAGAGAGACAGCCUAGUGAAGAGCCUGGACUAGAGACCUGCAGAUCAGUCUUGGUCCAAAUGAGUUCACCCUUCUGUGCCUUAGUAUUCCUGUCUGCAAAAAUAGAACAAUAUAUAUAUAUAUAUUUUUUUUUUUCCCUCAAAUGCUUUGAGAUUACCCUCAGGAGAAAAAGGAGCAAAUCCUUGACCUAAACAUGCUUGCCUGCCAGUGGUGAAUUUCUCUUUCAGAGGCAAGGGGAGCUCCAGAUGGAGCAAUGCAGAAAACUGGUGCUUUUGCUUCCCUUGAUGCAUUUUCUCAAGGAGAAUAGAGAACUUCCAAGGCUGACAUUUUUCAUAAGCAUUAGAUCUACUUCAGGUAUUCUCACUGCAGGUGUGCAAACCUGACUGGAUAGCUGCUUAUCAGCAUGUGGUAAGAUAGGCACGGACUUUGAUUUCUACACAAAGGUUUCUGAACUUUGGAAACACUAAGGAAAUGUGCUGUGAAGGCAGAGAGGUCAUACGAUGCUCAAUGCAAGCAGCCUUAGCAAAGUGCUGUGGCAUUUGGCACUUACAUAUUAAUAUAUAUAUAUAAUUUUGGUGAUACCAGGCAAAGAGGGAAGGAGGAGGGGAGGGGAAGAGGAACGGGUACAUUUAUAGAAAGGAGGGAAGGAGGAGGAAGAUUACUGCAUUUGAAUCAAGUGCGGAAUCCCAGAUCUCAACACCUGUCAAUUUCACCAGAUUACCAGAACUUGAUGACCUCAAGCCUACUACGUAAAAGGGUAGCCUAGUGAGGACUUGUUAAAAGUCUUCAAAAAUCCAGGAAAAUGUCCCAAGAUCCUAUGAGGUUCAGUAUUUCAUCCUCUACUCCCUUCCUGAACAAGACCCCAAGGAACUGAACACUCAUUUCCAUGCUCAUCUCACUGUAUCAGCCUCACAAGUUCAAAGUUAAGGCCCUUAAUGUGUCUUCAGGAUUAGAACCCAAGCAAGUUAAUUUGAGAUGAACUUAAAAAGUUCAAAUUGUUAAAAUGAACUGUGUUUAUUCAAAUAUUCUAUCAAUGUAGCAUGGGAGUAAGUAUACUGAGACUUAGACAACAGCAAUUAUAUUGCAGCAGACAUUUCUACAAACUCAGUUAUUACUUUAGUAUAUUUUUGUAUUGUGUAUCUUAAAUGCUGGGAAAGGAACAUAGUCGAGGGUACACUGCCAAUGUUAUAAACCAUUUCCAUACCAGUAUCUGGUCCAAACACGGCAUUGCAUGUCAACUAGCCAGAGUUGUUUUUUAAAAAAUUUAAGCUCAAAAUAAUCAUUUGUACCUUCUUUUGUAAACUGCCACUGUCCAAUGAAUUUGUAUUAGUUGACUGUGUGAAUAAAGAUACGGCGACCAUAAAGAAGCCAGGAAAAUAUGC